AAAUGAUGCUCUCAGUUUGCUUUGAAUCUUUUCAAACUGUGAGGCAUCACGCAGAAGAUUGUAAAAGUCAAGUGCAUCGAGGCACGCGACUAUCUCUGAAAGUGAAGCGCGACCCUAUGCGUGCGUUUUACGUGCGAAUCGCAUGCAUGCACUCUGACUAUAUACCCACGAGACACUGCCACAAUCUAUUAUUACUUUUUAGUAAGCCGCAGACCUACUCCAUGUGACACUCGGCGAGUAAGAUAUGCAAUGGUGCAAAAGUAUAAUGCGUUCGCCGACGUGAGUGACGUAACUUCAACUGAAAUUUUAUUCAGUGAAUUUUAAAUUCAACAUGGAAAAAAAUAACUACCGAUUCGAUGAAUUGGCGCUUAGGAAUUGUUUUCUAUUUACACAAGGCUUGUGCACUCACUUGUUGCUUCGAUCCAAAUAUUUUCGCAUGUGAUUUGAUUACUGAUUGAGAUUGAGAUGAUUUUUAUUUUCAUAGGAUUGCUGCUGCUCAAUUCAGCAAGCGGAGUCACUAUACAAUUUAAUGAGACGGAUAAAAUUAUUCACAUGGAUGAAGUGUCUGUUAUUCCAUUUAGUAUUAAUGGACUGAAUAACAUGGAUUUAUCAAAAGCUAAUUUGGUUUCAAAUAGUUCAUUGUGGAACAUAGUACAAGUUAGUUCACCUGAAUUUGAUGCAAAACUAUUACAGAACAAAGUUUAUAAUAGUUCAGUCAAUGUUACUGGCAUUUUCCUUGGAAAAGCUAAAGUAUUAAUUUCAUUUCAAUAUGGAGAGACUAAGGUUGAAUCAACUUUAAAUGUGGUAGUUAUUAGAAAAGCAAGAACCAUAGAUACUAUCUUCACUGCUAGUGUGGCAAUAUUAGUAUCUUUAUUAUAUGUUAAUUUUGGAUGUGCUAUGGAUUGGGAUGUAUGUAAAAAAACAAUCAGAAAGCCUAUUGGUCCUUUGAUAGGAUGUGUUUGUCAAUUUUUAUUAAUGCCAAUGAUAAGUUAUGUACUGGGAUUAUUAUUAUUUCCUAGCUAUCCUGAAAUGCAACUAGGAUUAUUUUUUACUGGCAUUAGCCCUAGCGGUGGUGCAUCCAAUAUUUGGACUAUAAUUCUUGGGGGAAAUUUAAAUUUAUCUGUUACAAUGACUACUUUAUGUACCAUUGCUGCCUUUGGUUUAAUGCCUAUGUGGUUAUUUACUUUGGGAAAAAUUAUUUUUGAUAAAGCAAAUCUGAUCAUGCCUUACGAUAAAAUAGCUACUUUUGCUAUUGGUCUUAUUAUACCAUUGGCUAUAGGAUACUUGAUUCAGAAAAAAUUGCCAAGGUUUUCUGGAAUCAUGGUCCGCAUUAUGAAACCUUUUUCAGUUUGUCUUAUCAUAUUUAUUGUUAUUUUUGCUAUAAUCACUAAUUUAUAUUUGUUCAGACUUUUCUCAUGGCAGAUAAUUUUGGCUGGAUUAGGGCUACCAUGGCUGGGUUUUAUUUUUGGUUUAUUGGUUGCAUUUAUAUUCCGUCAACAAAAUCAAGACAUCCGAGCCAUAGCUAUAGAAACUGGUGUUCAAAAUACUGGCGUUGCUAUUUUUCUAUUAAGAUUUAGUUUAAAACAACCUGAUGCUGACUUGACUACAGUUAUCCCUGUGUCUUGUGCAAUAAUGACCCCAUUACCUUUGAUGGUUUUGUACUGUGUCAAACUUGUAAUAGACAAAAGGAAAAAAAAAUUGAUGCGUUCCCAAGAAAAGGUUCAAGAUCCUCUUCAAGAUACUUCUACAGCUUAAACUUUAUUUUUAACUUUUGAUCAAAACUUCAUGUAAAAAUUUUCAGUCAAUAUUUUGACCAUAGGAUUAAAAAUUUAGUACAAAGAUAUUGUACAAAGUUCAAAAAUGUACAUAGUAUUUUAAUGGUUGUGGGGUAUUCUACUGUUAUUGUGACUUGAAAUUUGUUAUGUUUAAAGUAUUUAUGUGAUUUGAACAAUAGCUAGAUUUAAUUUUACUGAAAAUGAUCUGAUUUCAGUAUUACUAUCUGCUAUAGUAAUGA